AGGUGUUUAAGGGAGUUGUGUGGAAAAGCGCAAAGAAACCAUAGAAUACGAUCGCGAUCGCGGUCAAGCCUAACGGGAACGUUCGGAAUUUAGUCACCACUUCAUCGCGGGUGAAACGCGACGUGAAUUGAAUUCGGUGUCCAAAAUCGGAAGUUUGAUCGCUCUUUUUGCCCCACAGUUAAACGUUGAGUUGUUCGAGGCCGAGCAGCUCGUUAGUCGCUCUUAAUUAGUGCAGCAGUGGAAAGUGCAACCGGAAACUGGAACCGUGACAUCGUGAUUCAACAGACCACAAGAUGGGUCUACUGUUGAUCAUCGGCGCACCCGUUGGGUUGCUAUUGGCCAUCUUUUUCUUCAUGAAAUCGUCGAAAGAAAUGCCCAAAAACUGGGCACAAUUCGUGUGUGAGGUGCGGAUGCAAAUCUGUGGCUUUCAGGCGCUGCUGGACGAUUUCAUUAUGCGACCGAGGAACAAAGUUGAACUCUACAAACAACCGGGCAAGAUAGCGCUUAUCACCGGUGGAAAUCGGGGCAUCGGUUUGCGCAUCGUAAAGAAGCUGGUCGAGUGCGAGAUCGAGGUCAUCCUGGGCGUUCGCAAUCCGGUCGAUUCUCGGAAGGCGGUUGAAAAGUAUCUCGAACACGCGAAGGUCCCACUCGCUAACUGCAAGCUGCAUUAUGAGCAGCUCGACAUCGGUAACAUGAAGUCGGUGCGUGAGUUUGCCGGCAAGAUUGGAGCGAAGUUCGACAAGAUCCAUCUGCUCAUUAACAAUGCUGGUGUGAUGAGCGUCCCGUUCAAACUAACCAGCGACGGGUUUGAAUCGCACAUGGCCAUCAACUACUAUGGACACUUCCUGCUGACGCAUCUGCUCCUGCCCAAGCUGAAGGCCGCUGGUACGGUCGACUGUAAGGCGCGUGUGGUUAACGUGUCCUCGUGCGUGCACAAGAUCGGCGAGAUCGACUACAACGACAUCAACAAGCUCAAUAACUAUUACCCGGCGGACGCAUACAACCAGAGCAAGCUGGCCCAGGUCCUUUUCGCUAAGUACCUGAAUCUAGUGUUCGAAGAGGAAGGCCUUCCGAUUCUGGCCAACUCGCUGCACCCGGGUGUCGUCAAUACGGACCUGUUCGAGCACUCAAGCACCAACUACAUCCCGUGGAUUCGUGCGCUACUGUUCAAGAGCCCGGAGGAAGGUUCACGCACCGUCGUGUAUGCGGCCAUCUCACCCAAGGUGGAGGCGCGUGGUGGCUGUUACCUGAGCAAUUGUCGGGAGGCGGCCAGCCAUCGCUUCUGGAGCAACUCCGUCCAGUGCGAGAACCUGUUCAACCUCACCUGUGAUAAGCUCGGCAUCAAUGACUUCUUCUACAAACGCUAGGCGUGGUUGCAGGUGUCUCCUUUUCCCUGUUUGUUUCUUUUUUGACUGCGGCACUUUAUCACGCGGCGUUUCCUUUUGAUAAUGAAACAUGAACAAAGCGUACUUGCGGUAGAAUGUAAA